AUGGCAUCGUCAACCAGAUUGCUCCGACAGGCACAGCGCACCCUGCAGGCCUCGCCACGAACCUCCAUUUACGAUUUCCUCGCACCCGCCGCGGUCUUCCCCCCAACCUCGCGACCACGGCCCGGCGGCGGCGUGAGCAGCACAAACAGCGGCGCAACAGCAACAGGUAAAAAAAGCCGGCGCAAACCCCUGACACAGGCACAGCGCGACUACCUCUCGUCGGCCCUGCGCGUGAACCAGGCGGGCGAGCUAGCGGCGACGCUCAUCUACACGGCGCAGACCCCGCCCCUGGUGCGGCGGCACCCACACCUGCGGCCGCUGAUGCGACACAUGUACGAGCAGGAGGAGGGCCACCUGAACACGUUCAACGCGCUGCUGGCGCGGCACCGCGUGCGGCCGACGGCCAUGUACCCGGUGUGGUCGGCGCUCUCGUACGGGCUGGGGUGGUCGACGGCCGUGCUGGGGCGGGAGGCGGCCAUGGCGUGCACGGAGGCUGUCGAGACGGAGAUUGGCGACCACUACAACUCGCAGAUCCGGGUGCUGCUGGAGAUGGUGGGGCGGUGGGAGGAGGAAGGGUACGAGGUGGGCGAGGAGUUCCGGGCGCUGAUCGGCACGCUGCGCAGGAUACGGGACGAGGAGCUGGAGCAUCUUGACCAUGCGGUCGAGCACGAUGCCAAGAAGGCGGAGCCGCACUGGUUGCUGACGGGGGUGAUCAGGGCGGGGUGCCGGGGGGCGAUCUGGGUGAGCGAGAGGGUGUAG